AUGGUUCCCGCAAGGCUGCAGAGCAGUGCUCUGCUUUACGCUCUCCUGUUCCUCGUCUCAGUGUGUUUGGCAAGCCCAUCGCAAUUGAAAGAACGUCAAGCAUACGCGUUGAUUGGCGAUGGAUUCGAAAAAGCCACAAGCACCCUCGGAAACUAUUACAACUACUGGCGCAAGUUGCCCAAUGGCACUUUCGACUUGACUCGUAGCGACCGAUCACCAGUCACUUCACCCAAGCUUCUGCCGAUGAUGGGCAGCAGGCCAUCGAUCAUCAUCGAACCUAACCGGACUGCUUUGGUCAUUAUCGACAUGCAAAACUUUUUCCUGCAUCCGGAUUUGUCUCCGAGUGCAAAGACCGGUCGAGCGGCUGUGCCGCCGACGGUCAAUAUGAUCAAUGGAUUUCGCAAACACGGAAUGAAAGUGCUUUGGGUCAACUGGGGCUUGACGGAGUAUGAUCUACUUACCAUUCCACCAGCUUUCAAGUCUCAGUUCAGUAGCGGGUCUGAUCUGGCAAACGACACCUUCGGCAGCGAUAUGGGCACUCUGCAGGAGAAUGGUUCGUCAAUCGCUGUCGGCCGGCUUUUGAUGAGAGGUUCCUGGAAUGCAGAGCCAUAUGGGAUCCUAGGCACCAUGAAAGACGAAGGCUUGGAAGCAGGCACGGAUCUGUGGUUCAACAAGAAUCGCCUGUCAGGACUAUGGGGACCGCAGACUCCGCUUGGACUGUGGCUGCAGGAGAACCAAGUGUCCACACUUUUCCUCGGGGGCGUGAAUGCCGAUCAAUGUGUCUGGUCUACGUUGAUUGACGCUUAUUUCAAGGGCUACGACGUGGUAUAUGUCGACGAUAUCAGUGCGACUACUAGCCCGGACUAUACACUCAAUAUGACGCGAUACAAUGCCGAUAGCGAUGGAUUCGUGGGCAAUACCACGGCUAUAUUGAAGGCACUGGGUUAA